AUCAAUCAGAAGAUGUUGGUCAUAUUGUAUUUACUGCUGAUGAUCACAGAGGGCCGAUUCACAGAUGAUCGAACCUUUGCAACAGAGACAGUUGAUGUUGGAGGUGAUGUAACUCUGACAUGUCCCCGACCGGAAUCGUCGUAUGAAUAUGACUCAACCUUUCAUUGGAUCAGACUUGUUUCUGGAAACUGGCCUGAAUUCUUGGGAGGAACAUAUGGCUUUGAUGAUAGUGUUAAUAAGACUCCUCACAUUACAGCAAAACAAGAGCCUGGAGCCUUUCUUCUGCACAUCAGUCAAACUAAGCUCAGUGAUACUGGAUUUUACUACUGUAUAGAAGUAAAAUCUCUUCAUAUAACAUUUCUGAAUGGAACGUUUCUGAGAGUUAAAGGACCAGAACCAGAUAUCACUGCUGUCAUUCAAGUGUCUCCAUCUGAUCCGGUUCAUUCAGGAGACUCGGUGACUAUACAGUGUUCAGUCCUCUCUGACUCUGAGGACAAGACGUGUCCAGGAGAUCACAGAGUGUACUGGUUCAGACCCAAAUCAGAUGAAUCUCAUCCCAGUUUAAUUUAUACUCAUGAAAACAACACUGAUCGAUGUGAGAGGAAUCCUGAGACUCACUCACAGAAAUGUGUCUACAGCUUCUCUAAGGACGUCAGCUCCUCUGAUGCUGGGACUUACUACUGUGCUGUGGCCACAUGUGGAGAGAUAUUAUUUGGAAAUGGAGCUAAACUGGACAUUAAAGGAAUCAACACGUGGGAUGUACAGAAGGACAAUAUAGUCGUCUCUCUGUUAUGUGUUGCUUUGGUUACAAGUCUGAUUGUUAUAACCUUCCUCAUUUAUACCAUUAAGAAGAACAAUCAUGACGAUGCUUCAACUCAAAGUCAGCAGAGAGAUGAAAGUGCAGUGGUUUAUUCUGCACCAAACAUCAUAAUGAGGGAAACUGGCAAAGCAGAGAGAAAGAAUGCGCAAAGAAAAAAGGAAAAGAUCAUCUAUUCUGAUGUCAGAGCUUAAAACAUCAAAAAAUCCACUGCAGAUAAAUGUUUGUUUUUGUGUGUAUAUGUAAUGUAAAACUUAUUUUGCUUACUUGUAAAAGCAGUAACCAGGCUUGAUUUCAUUAUUGAAAUCAGUAAUGAAACAUGUGAACGCGUAUUCUGUUCAUUCUUUUCAGAGUUGUCGUGUCAUUUUGAUGCAAAAGUACCUGCAUACCCCGAAAACAUCCUCUAGCCUUUUUGUUGCAUGUCAUGAACAAGUUUUAUUUCAUGUGCAGACAUUCAUUUAUAUUUAGUCCCAAUAAUUUUGACAAUAAAUAGUUCAGUCAGUCAAUACUGAAAUUCUGUUCAUGGUAAAAAAAAAACACCCACAAUACUCUUGGCUCACACAUCGUGUCAUUUAAUUUUUUUGAUUUGAUAACUGAACUUGUCCGUAAUCAAUAAUCAAGAAAAAAUGUAGUACAAGACCAAGCACAGACAUG